AAGGAUUCUCUCUGUCGUCAUCUAAUUGGUCACCUUAUGAACGCACACGACGGAGUACGCUGCACCUGGGAAACUUGCAGCAAACUCCCUACUUUCAUCAAUAUCGCUGAAUUUUUAGCACAUGCCGCCAAUAUUCAUCACUAUGACCUCCAUAUCAAGCUGGAACGUAUUCCCAAGAGACGAAAGCCGUCUCGGGAUAAAACACCGUCUUUCAGCAGCUCCAGCAUGUCGUUAAGGUUGAGCUGAUCAGCCACCGAGACGCCCGCUUCCUCCGUUGAUAUUGAAAUAGGGAAGAUUGACCCACGUUUACUUGCAGCCUCGAAUACCAAAUACAAUGAGACCUGCUGUCAGUCCCAACGAUUGAGCCCUCAUUGAUAGUACAAAGCGAUGUCGUUUAUAGUUUGUAGGUAGAUCUCGAAGCUUCUCAUGUACCGAAGACUGGU